AUGUUCAGACAUCCGUCGGCGGCGUUCCAGAUAGCGCGCCCGUUCCGGGCAAAACUCCGCCGCUCGUUCGCGACGGUGCAGGACACCCCUGUUCGUCGCUACGGCGGCCUCAAAGACCAGGACCGCAUCUUCACCAACGCCUACUGCAGGCAUGACCACGGCAUAAAGGGCGCUCAGUCGCGCGGUGACUGGCACCGGACGAAGGACAUCAUUCUCAAGGGCGACUCCUGGAUCAUCCAAACCAUCAAGGACUCUGGUCUGCGCGGCCGUGGAGGUGCCGGCUUCCCCUCGGGUCUCAAGUGGAGCUUCAUGAACAAGCCGGGCUGGGAGAAGGACCCUCGUCCACGCUACCUCGUUGUCAACGCGGACGAGGGCGAACCCGGCACCUGCAAGGACCGCGAGAUCAUGCGCGGCGACCCGCACAAGCUCGUCGAGGGCUGCCUCGUCGCCGGGCGCGCCAUGAACGCUUCGGCCGCAUACAUAUACAUCCGCGGCGAGUUCUACCAGGAGGCGAGCCACGUCCAGCAGGCGAUCAACGAGGCGUACGCCGCGGGCUUGCUCGGCAAGAACGCGUGCGGGUCCGGGUACGCAUUCGACGUCUACCUCCACCGCGGCGCCGGCGCGUACAUCUGUGGUGAGGAGACGGCGCUCAUCGAGUCGAUCGAGGGCAAGCAAGGCAAGCCGCGCCUCAAGCCGCCCUUCCCGGCCGAUGUGGGUCUCUUCGGGUGCCCCACGACGGUGGCGAACGUGGAGACGGUCGCGGUCGCGCCGACCAUCUGCAGGCGCGGGGCGCCGUGGUUCGCGGGCUUCGGGCGAGAGCGAAACCAGGGUACGAAGUUGUUCUGCAUCUCGGGGCACGUCAACAACCCGUGCGUGGUCGAGGAGGAGAUGAGCAUCCCGCUCAAGGACUUGAUUGAGAAGCAUUGCGGCGGUGUCAUCGGCGGGUGGGACAACCUGCUCGGUAUCAUCCCCGGUGGCUCCUCCGUUCCGGUGCUCCCGAUUGACAAGUGCUCGGAGGUUUUGAUGGACUACGACUCGCUCAAGGACGCGCAGUCUGGUCUCGGUACCGGUGCGGUCAUCGUCAUGGACAAGAGCACGGACAUUGUCAAGGCCAUCGCGCGUUUCGCUCACUUCUACAAACACGAGUCCUGCGGUCAGUGCACGCCCUGCCGCGAGGGCACGACAUGGAUGAUGAACAUGAUGGACCGCUUCGCGGAGGGUCGCGGGCACCAGCGCGAGAUCGACAUGCUGCUCGAGCUCACAAAGCAGAUCGAGGGCCGGACGAUCUGCGCACUGGGCGACGCGGCGGCGUGGCCCAUCCAGGGCCUCAUGCGCCACUUCCGUCCGGAGGUGGAGGCGCGCAUCGCGGGCUUCCGCGCCGCGAACGGGCCUGUGAUGUUCGGUGGGCGGAUGGUGAGCGACGCGGACCAGACGCUUGCGCUGCCGGACAACCUGGGCGCGCGCUUGCCUGAGGUUGGGUCACCGCAGGCGUAG